UUUAUUCCACAACAGACUUUGUACUGUAGAUAAGGAGAGGUUUCCAGCCUUUGGCAAACACCAGCAGAUUUCACAAGCAAUGAGCACCUGGCCGGGCUCCUUCCACUGCAUUCAGGGAAACUGAAACUUAAGCUCUUUGCAGGGAAGAACUGGUAACCGGGACUUGUCCCAGUGCCAGUGGGGCUAGGCUUUGCAGUACGUUGCUUCCUGUGCAGCGCGGACAGCUGUUGUCUUGAGGAAGUGCAACCCUGCCAGAGUGCUGGCAGAUCCAGCUAUGGGGAAAUACCACCACUAAAUUCCCAUCAGUACAGCUGAAGCAGCAGAGGGAAGGGAAGGAGGGCAGUGGCUCUGCCAUGGAGGCUCCUCAGAGGCACCCAGUGGAGCAGAGUGGUGGCAAAGAGAUGGAAGACGUGGUCUGUAACUUCCUGGAGGCUCAGGAAGGUGUGGAAAAGCUCCGUUGCUCCUACAAGAAAAGGAUCCAGGCUACUCGGAGUGGCCUGCAGUCCCUUCGGGAGGAGGUGAUGGAGGACUUCCAGAAGAUUCACAGCUUCCUGUAUGCUGAGGAGCAAUCUGUGAUGGCCAAGAUUGGCCAAGAAGAGAAGCAGGUACUCAGCAGCCUGGAGGACAGGGUGACGGACAUCACCAAGAGGGAAGCUUGUGUUCUGGAGCUAAUAGAUUACCUGAGUGAGGUGGAGGACCAUGAUGGGUACCUAAUGAGUAUGGCUGCUAGCCAGGUGGAUCAUCUAAAGGCAGAGCUGACCAGGCACAGCAAGGAACUGAGACACUACUGGCCCACGGUCCUCUCCAGCCCUUCUCUGACAUACGUGGUUUGUAGAAGGAUGCUGGGGUAUGUGAUGCGGUCUGCACUGGAGCGCCUCACCCUGGACCCUAAGACAGCCCAUUCGCAUCUGCAGCUCUCCGAAGACCUGAAAUCGGCAAAACUGGGACCCUGCGCCCAGGCUGUCCUGGAGAGCCCCCAGCGCUUUGAGCCAUGUCUUUAUGUCCUCUGCUCUCAGGAUUUCCGCUCAGGCAGGCACUACUGGGAGGUGAGCGUUGGGGGCAAAAGCAACUGGGUGAUUGGGGUAGCCAGCCACUGGGUCAACCGCAAGGCAACAGAAGAUCUCAACCCUGAAAAUGGAUACUGGGCCCUUCGGAAGAUACCAGGCAACCGUUACUAUGCCCUGUCCUCACCCCCAGCCCUCCUGGCCCUGGAUUCCAGCCCCACGAAGGUAGGCAUUUGCCUGGACUACGAGAGCGGCAGGGUAGGGUUUUAUGACGCCGAGUGCAUGGCAGAGAUCUGCACCCUCAGAGGCAACUUCCAGGAGCCGUUGCACCCUUUCUUCUGCCCCGGGCUGGUGCUGGCUGAGCAGGACUAUGAGCCUCUCCGGGUGUGCAAUUAGAGCAGGGAGAGGGAGAGCUGGCAUACAGGGCCGACGAGAGGCGGGGGAAGCCGGUACAAAUUGCUGGGGCCCAGCGGUCCGGAAGCGGGCCCGGCUUCCCCGGCUUCGUCGGCCCUGUUUAGCUGGUCCGCCCUUGCUGGGGGGCCCAUAAUUUUUUUUUCACCGGUGCCCGAACCCGCUCUCGGCGGCCCUGUUGGCAUAGAGACCUCUGCCACCCUGGUUCCCUAAGCAAAUGAGGGGUCUGGAUUGGCUGAGAAGUGAACUCUGAAGUGAACGUGUCAAAUCACUGAAAGGAAAGAGGAGAAAUAAACUAAGUGCAGCUCUGUGA